UUCACCGAAGUUGAUUGCGUCUCAUUCCCAGAAGAAAAACAGCGUCCUGCUGCAGCGACCAGAGCUUUAUUUCACAGGAACUCUGACUCACACAGCCGCAAAAAACAUUUCAGACUAGAAAACUGUCAGGAGACACAGUGAGAGAUCAUGACAACCCUGCUGGACCUUAAGAGUAGUGUGCUGAGGCAAGUGCAGAGGAGCCAGUCGCUUAGGAGCCGAAGGGAGCCGCCGCCCACCGCCAGCAGCCCUCUCACACACAGUCCUGACCCCUUACCUCGCAGGGUGUCCGAGGAGAGCGUGGAGUUCUUUGAGCGUGUGAAUGCCAUUCUUCAGAAACAGGGGAACAUGCUGCGGGCUGCCCAGGCUGAGUGCCAAAGAGGGGCCUGCACAGUGCCGCCGCCGCAGGAGCAUGUGGACCAGGCCUUUAUUCCCGACAGAAUCAGAAGGACAGAGCUGGACCUGCUUUAUGAGGAAGCUGUGUACACGGUGGUCAACCGAGUGGGAGUGCCAUCAUCCGAACACGUGAAAAGUGAUGAAGAGCUGUUUGCUUACUUGCUAAAGGUCUUUGAUAUGGGUGAGGAGGAACAUGAUAUCACUCUACAAAAAGUUCAAGAAUCCAAGAGAGCCAGUUUUUCCUUGAGAGUUUCUGUCAUGAAAGCAAAGAGUCUGAUGGCCAAGGAUGCAAAUGGUUACAGUGACCCCUACUGCAUGCUGGGAAUCCUGCUGGGCCAGAGCCCGCGGGAGAUGGAGGAGAAGAAGGAGAGAAAGUUCAGCUUCAGGAAGCGGCGGGAGAAGCUGGAGAAACGCUCAAGCACUAAGGAGGUGUUACCUGCCAGGAGUAUCCAGGUGACUGAGGUCAAACCAGAGACUCUCAACCCAGUGUGGGACGAGCACUUUGUGUUUGAGAUAGAGGAUGUUCACAAUGACCUCUUACAUCUUGACAUAUGGGAUCAUGACGAUGAUGUGUCGGUUGCUGAGGCCUGCAAGAAACUCAAUGAAGUCAGCGGACUUCGAGGGAUGGGCAGGUAUUUUAAGCAGAUAGCUAAGUCAGUGCGUGCCAAUGGAUCUGCAUCAUCAGGCUCUGAGGAGAAUGCCGAUGACUUCCUUGGUUGCAUCAACAUCCCUUUGAAUGAGAUCCCAGUCGUCGGUUAUGAUACUUGGUUUAAGCUGGAGCCCCGAUCGAGUACGUCUAAAGUUCAGGGAGAAUGUCACCUGAUAUUGAAGCUCUUCACCAGCCAGAGAGACACAACUUUGUCUAAGAAAGAAUCAAAUGUCUCCGUUCACAAAAAACUGCUGAGUCAGAUUGUGGAGUAUGAGCAUGCACAUGUUAAGAGGGAGCCCUACAACUGGAACGGGCAGGUUUGUCCUGCAGCAUGGACUGUAUUGACUCACCAUGCUGUGCAAACUGAUCUGUCACCUCUCCAACAGGCCGUUAUUCGCUGGCAGUGCUACAGCAGCCACCAUCGGACUCAGAGGGUGUGCUACUCCCUGCUGCUGCGCCUCCUGAGGACCAUCGAUGCAGAGUGGGACCCCACCGCUGUGCGGGGAGACCUGGAGAGGCAGCUGUCAGACAGCUUCAGGCUGUACACAGAGCACUGCCUGUGCCUGAUGAAGAACAUGCGUCAGGUUUUCCCCUGCACCAGCGCCGCUGCCAUUACACGCUACGAGCUCAUGCUGAGGGGGAUUGGCUACAUGCAAAACAUGCGGGCCUUUAAGACUGUUUGUCCUCUUCGAAAUGAACUGCAUUUGGACAUCACUACUGCUGUCAAGAAAGGAACUGCGGAGUGGUACGAGAGCUUAAUUGCGCGAUAUAAACCAGAGGAAGGGACUCUGGAGGAGCAGCUGAAAAAGCUGGUUCAGGUAGUUGAUGCCGCAUGUGCAGAUGUACAGAGAGCCCAGAACAUUUACAACAAACUCUUCUACAGUGCGGUGAAAGUAGAUUUCUUCAGCAUAUCAUACAGACAGUUGGAGAAACAGGUAGCCGACGAUGUAAAUGUAGCGAUGGAGCGGGUUUGUGGGACUCUGGAGCAGGAGAGCUCAAGGCUGACUCAGACAAUGGGAGAGACCAUCUUUGAGCUCUUCAUGUCCUUGAAAAUCCUCAAAGGCUUUCGGGAGUUUCUUCCUCUCAAGGAUGCCAAAAUGUUGGCCCUGACAGGCUUUCAUAACUGGUUCAAGUCCUCAAUUCAUAAGUGGCUGCAGAUCGUUCAUGACAGAUCCUGUGACAGAAUCCGUAAAGCAGUGGAAACAGACAAGCUCGAGCCUGUGCAGCAGGCCAAACACAGCUCCUCAGCAGUAGAGGUGACAACAUGCUUCAGCCAGGUACGCGAGAUCUGGCUCCAGUUGGCCUGGCCAGACUCUGCGGGGGCCUUCAUCUUUGUCACUCGUUUGACAGACAAUUUCUGCAGCGAGGCUGUGUGCUACUCAGAGAUGAUAACACGCAAGAUUGAGAGGAACCAGCUGGGCCGAGACCACAAGAGCUUCACAGUGCAGCUGUGCAUCGCCCUGAAUAACACAGAGCACGUGCGCAUUUUCCUGGGUCACCUGCCCCGUGACCUGGACUGGCAAGGUGUAGAGCGGGCCAUGGAGGAGUCCUGUGGGAUGGAGGGGAAGGAACAGGUUUGCAAGGCUCUAAAUGGACAGCUGUUCAACAUGGACCUGGACUUGCAGAGAGAAGCCAAACGUCUCAUCACACUGCUCACCGACAAGAUGCUGCCUGAGCUGCGGAGGUACAUCCAGCACAUCAGCCUCUCUCCAGACUCCAUCAACAAUGAUGAUGCUGUGUCUCCACUCAUGAAGUACUUACAAGACACCAUGGUCAUCCUCACUGACAACCUUGUCAAGGGGAAUCUGACUAGAGUUCUCCAAAGCAUGUGGGAGCUGCUCCUGCGGAUGAUCUUGGAUGCUGUUGCAGAAAACAGAGGCGUUCAGGUUGAGUUUUACAACCGCUUCCAGUACACAGUGGAGACCCUGCUGCAGUUCUUCCAUGCAAAGGGAGAGGGUCUUUCCUUGGAAGACAUGAAGAGUGGAGACUACAAGGUCGUGGAUGAGGAGCUGAGGCUGAAUAAAUGUUCCUCCUUUGAGCUGAUUGAACAGUACUAUCUGGAGAAGAUUUCCCUACAGAAAACACUCAAACACACCCGUUAUGGCCGGAUUAGUGUGAAGUGCUACUACGAUGCUCCGGAGCAGAGACUGACGGUGGAGAUUCUGCACGCUGCAGAUAUCCUUGCUCUGGAUGCUAACGGACUGAGUGACCCGUUUGUGAUAGUGGAAAUCUGUCCUCACCAUCUGUUCCCUAUGGCCAAGAGUCAACGCACGCAGGUGAAACUUAAGACCCUGCACCCAGUAUUCGACGAACUCUUUUACUUCCACGUCAGUCCAGAACAGUACAGACACAGGUUUGCUUGUUUGACCUUCACUGUGAUGGACUACGACUGGCUUUCCACCAACGACUUCGCCGGGGAAGCCGUGGCACCUCUCAGCGACUUCUGCUGGCCAGGGAGGCCGAACGCCUCAGCCGCCGGCAAAAGCGUCCAGCCUGUCAUUCUCCACCUGUCUCGCAGCAAACCCAGUGAAAAGCCAAUCAUGAGGAUGCUGGAUGCUCGCAUCGGAGACAGGGAGGCUCAGGAGUUUGUCCGCAGGCUGAAGGAGAUUGAGAAGUCAAUGGAGGAGGAGUAAAAGCUGUCAGCGCUGCCCGUGUUGGUGUUUUCUGACCACGUCUUGCGACAUGUGCUUUUGUACUGGUACGAUGUUUACAAUAUUUGAAUUUUUUUUCCAAUGUUAUUGUUUGUUCAGUAAUUAUACCAAAAUGAAAACAUAAAAAAGGAAAACAGUGACGCUUAUCACUGUUUUCUAACUGGGAGAUGAACUUCCUGUCA